AUGGACAGCAUCGACGAGAAAUAUGACCGGCUCGUUGAACAUCUUCACGACUGCACGAAGAAGGCUGAAAGUUUUAAAGCCACCAAGAGACGCCUGUCUCUUGAAACUCUUGAGCUGAUACGCCAGCGUGGAGCAGCACGAACCGCAGGGAACCAAGAACUCACGUCCGAGCUCGCAAGGCUUUGCAGAGAGGCGAUAAAGGAAGACUUUAAAGAGAGAAGAGGAGAAGUGCUGGCUGAAGCUGCAGAGGCGGGGAAAAGCAUCCGCUAUGCCCGUCGAGACUUCGCCAGUCGCAAGACGAGGAUGACUGCUCUUCGGAACCCGAAGGGAACAACCAUUGCAUCGAGAAGGGGAAUGGAGAAAAUCAUCUACGACUUCAACUGUGAUCUCUUCGACAGCCACGUCCACUCCUAA